UUCUUCAUCGCCGCGAACCGGCUCUCGUGCUUCUUCAACCGCGGCUCCACAUUCGCCUUCUUCGCGGAGUUUGGCGAGUCCUGUAGGAUAAUAUCGAGGAGGAAGGAGGAGGACCCAAGGACCAGGGAUGUCGGGACGCCUUAACCAGCAGCACGCGGCGUAUGCGCAACGCAUGGAGCAGGAGAACAACCGGGUGCAGGCCACACAGGCUGUGAACAGCUACUACAGCCACUGGGGCAAGGUGACCUCGCGCUUCGAGAACUGGACCAACAAGGAGUACUACGAGAAGGCCGACCAGCAGCUUCAAUCCCGCCGCGUCCAGCAGGAGAAGCAGGUGGUCCUCAGCGAACGACAGGCGAGGCUUCGCCAGCUUCUGACCUCCGAGAGCGAGGCCUACGACAGCGAAAUGGAGCGCCGUCGCCGGCCGCGAGAACCCGGCGGUGGUGACCUCCAGAUGCUGGGACGGGUCAACCAAUCGCUCAAGGAGCAGGAGCAAUUGCGCCGCAAACUCGAAAUGGAGGCCAAGCUGUAUGGUCGCUGGCGUCAUGGCGUCGACGACGAGAAGCUGCUCUACCAAUCCAAAUCGGACAACGAGGUGUUGGCCAAGCUCAACUGGCUGGACCGCCAGAUAGAGAAUCAGCAGCAGCGCGAGGAGCAACAGGCCCUGGCCGCCGAGAGGCAGCUGCUCCUCCAGCAGGAGAUCAGUCGCACGGAACAGGCGCAAAAGGAGCGUCAGCAGAUCCGGGAGCAGGAGCUGCGCGAGCUGCGUGCACUGCAGGAAUCCCACAUGUCGGAGUUGAGGCUGCGGCAGCAAGAGGCGGACAAGCUGAAGGAGGAGGAGCAGCACUUCCAGCUCUUCCUAGGGGAACUCGAUAAGGAGCGGGAGCUUCUCGAGGAGAGCAGUGCACUCGUGCUCAAGCGAGUCGACUCCGGACAUGCCUUCAACCUCAAGAAGAUCAAGGUGUUCAUCCGCCAGCGCAGUGAGGCUAGUCGCAAGCAGAUUUCUCUGUGCGUCAACAUGCUGCAGCGCAUGGCCAAGUACGUGGUCAAGGCGGAGGAGCUGAAGACACUGCUGGAUAAGUACCGCUCGCAGCUGGAGAAUGAGGAACAUGCCUGCGCCCAGAUCGAGACCAUGUACGAGUCGGAGGCCAAGUACAAUCUGAAGCGCUGCGAGGAGAACUGGCGGGAACAGCACCUUCAGCGAUACGGCGAGCUGAGCAAGCUAAUCGACCAGGAGAAGGAUUGCCUCGGCGGCUUGCUGCAGGAGAACGUCAGCCAGCAGCAGGCUUUGGUGGAGCUGAGGAGCCAGCAUCUGACCGGGAUUGAGCAGGCCAACAAGCAGCUGGAACAGCUCAGCCAGGAGCAGGCUGAAAUGACUGUACCAUCGGUAACCAAUCUUAGAGAGGUGGCAUCAGAGGCUUCUGUUUCGGGCAUCUCUGCCCCGGCGGAUGACGAGCUCCCGCCCAAGGUCAGCGACUCCUUCUCUAAUCUCAACCUGGACGUGUGGCAGGAUUUGCCUCCGGCUCGUGGAGAAGACGACUUGCAACGUGUCAACAAAUCUCGCUCCCUUAAUGUGGUCACCUCACAGACAGCUGCUCCUCCGAAGUUCGCCCGCAAACGUGUGGCCUGGACCUAACAUUACAAUCUUAAAUCGUCGUCGUUCCAGCUUAAAUUUGAAUUGUAUUACUAGACAUAUUGGUAGUUGCAUAGCCGUAGUUGUAACCCACUUUGUGUUAAACCUCACACAGUCCACACACAUCCUACUCCACUUCCAAGCACACCUCACUCCACUCCCAAACGCAUCCCACUCCACUCCAGCGCAUUAUUGCACCCCGAUGAAACCACUCAAACACCACUUUGUGCACUUGUAGUUGAUAAGGCUGAUAGAUAGGCUCUCCCCCGGAGGUGGGGCAAUAAAUCACUCAAUUUGUGGACCAGCA